GGUCACUGGGGAGGGGAUGGUUGGGUUGGCGAGGGAGUGAAUGGAUGGGAUUUUGUCAUUCAAUUCGCGCACACAGCAUGCGAAUUGAAGGCUAUGUGAAGCCUCGGUGAGGAUAUAUCACCCGUAUUCCCAACUCGGUCAAUCUAUCUACACAACGUCAACCAGCGCACCGCCAUGCCUCUCCAAGACAACACCCUCCACCUCUCCAUCACCGACCAAAUAACAUCCCGCACCUACAUCACCCGCCUCCUACUCUUCCCCUUCCCCGACCCCGCCCACGCCAGCCUCGCUACAACAGCCCUCCACACAUCCCUAACAGCAACACUACACCAACACCCCAUCCUAGCCGGCACCCUCCACCUCGACCCCCACACAAACCGCCUAGUAGCGCACUACCCCCAACUCAUAACCCCAGCCCACGCCUCCCUUAUCUUCAACAUAAGCACAACCCACAUCUCCAACCCGCUUCUAGACUUCCACACCCUACAAACCGCACACUUCCCCCCCGCCCACCUCCCCAGCCAAAUCUUCUGCCCCGCCCUCCUACACAAUCACCCCAGCUUAGACGACCCCCUCGCAGACGGCAUCCUGCGCUUCGACAAGGGCCCCGUGCCCGUCAUGGCCGCGCAAGUUACCUUCAUACCAGGUGGCCUGGCGCUGAGCGUGUAUGUGCUGCAUAGCAUUGUGGAUGGGUAUGGCGCUACGAGGGUGUGCGAGGCGUGGGCGCGGAAUAUCCAUGCACUUGGAGGAGGGGGAGGGUAUAUCGACCCGUCGCUUGCGCGUAGAGCGCUCGAUGCGCUUGCCACCGACCCGGGUGUUGUGCCGUGGUGUCCUGAGCGCCGGUUACUCGCCCCAGGGGAGGUGGAGAGAGGGAUGCGUGUACCGCCGUAUAGAGUGCAAGCAGAGAUCCUGCGCUUCCGCUUUGUCGUUAUUUCAAAGCUCAAGGCUGAUCUUGCGCGGCGUGUGGGUACGCGGGUAUCGCCCUUCGUCGCCAUCGCUGCCCUGCUGCAGACGCAUAUAGCGCACGCCCGUCGCGCUAUUCUGGAUGAACAUCGUAUCACCACGACGACGCUGGGUGUUGCGGUCCAGCACCGUGCGUGUCUGGGGAUGCGGCGCGGGGAGCUGGGGAACUGCUGCGUUGGGGCAAUGGCUACAUCGCCCAUCCCAAAUGCGGGGAGUAUAGCAGUGCAGUGUGUACUCCCCGCCGUGCUAGCUAUCACGCACGCACUGGGGGAAAUCGAUCGGGCGUGGGUGCUGCGCCGUCUCGCUUUUCUAUCCCACAUCUCUCAUCCGCAAGAAGUGACGAGUGUGUAUCGUGUAGGCAAUGGUCCGGAUCUGUAUAUCACUAACCUCAUGCAUUUCGGCGCUGAUACGAUGUGG